GGGCUCGCGCGGCACACGUGUGGCAUUGCUGCUGCCGCGCGGCCUCUGGUUCGCUGCUGCACGGCUGGCUCCACCAGUCCACUGAUCAAGUCCUCUGAGACUUGUCUGACCUUGCCUCUUGCCUUGGCCGCGUCCUGUCCGUCCCACAAAUAGACGUCAUCGCCGCGCCGAUCUGGAGCAGUGCAGUGCAGGUUGAUCGCGCGGACAUGGCUGAGGCGGCGGCGGCGGACAUGGCGCACGUGCUGGUGUUCCCGAUCCCGGCGCAGGGCCACCUCAACAGCUUCCUCCACUUCUCCACGGGGCUCCUCCGCGCCGGCCUCCACGUCACCUUCCUCCACACCGUCCACAACCUCCGCCGCCUGGGCGCCGCCGCGCGCGAGGCCGCGGCCGCCUCGCCGCGCCUCCGCUUCCUGUCCAUCCCCGACGGCCUCCCCGACGACGACCCCCGCGACGUGGGCGGCAUCCCGCAGCUCCUGGAGGGCCUGCGCACGACGGCCAGCGCCGCGUACCGCGACCUGCUCGCCUCGCUGCCCCGCGCGGGGGGCACCGCCGACGACGGGUUCCCGCCGGUGACGUGCGUCGUCGCCGACGGCGUCAUGCCGUUCGCCUGGGCUAUAGCCGAGGAGCUCGGCGUCCCCGCGAUCGCGUACCGCACGGUGAGCGCGUGCUCCGUCCUGGCGUACCUGUCCGUGCCCAAGCUGAUCGAGCUCGGCGAGCUCCCGUUCCCCGAGGGCGGCAACCUCGACGAGCCCAUCCGCGGCGUCCCGGGGAUGGAGGGCUUCCUGCGGCGGCGAGACCUCCCGGUCCAGUGCCGCUCCCUCACCGACACGUAUCAAGACCCCCUGCUGGAGACGGUGGUCGCGGCCACCGUGCAGAGCCGCAAGGCAAGGGCUCUCAUGCUCAACACGACGGCGUCCCUUGAGCGGGCAUCCCUCGCACACCUCGCGCGGGAGAUGCGCGACGUGUUCGCCGUCGGGCCACUCCACGCCAUGUCCCCGGCGCCGGCGGCCGCCACGAGCCUGUGGCGCCACGACGACGGGUGCUUGGCGUGGCUCGACGGCCAGGCGGAGCGGUCCGUGGUGUAUAUCAGCCUGGGGAGCCUCACGGUGAUCUCCCACGAGCAGUUCACCGAGUUCCUGCACGGGCUCGUCGCCGUCGGCUACCCGUUCCUGUGGGUGCUCCGGCCGGACAUGCUCGGGGCGAGUCAGGGCGCGGCGCUCAAGGAGGCCGUCGCCGCGGCCGGGGAGGGCAGGUCGUGCGUCGUGCCGUGGGUGCCGCAGCGGGACGUGCUCCGGCACCGCGCCGUGGGGUGCUUCCUGACGCACGCCGGGUGGAACUCGACGGUCGAGGGCGUCGUGGAGGGCGUGCCGAUGGUGUGCUGGCCCUUCUUCGCGGACCAGCAGGUGAACAGCCGGUUCGUGGGCGCCGUGUGGAGGAACGGGCUGGACAUGAAGGACGUGUGCGAGAGGGACGUGGUGGAGGGGACGGUGAGAGUGGCCAUGGAGUCCUCCGAGGUCAGGAGGACGGCGCGCGCCCUGGCGGAGCAGGUGGAGCGUGACGUCGGCGACGGCGGCUCGUCGGCGCUGGAGUUCAAGCGGCUCGUCAGCUUCAUCAGGGAGCUCAGCAGCACGUCAGCAGCAGAGCCCGAUCUAUCUUCAUAAUAAAGAAUUAGUAUAUGCAUGGCCAUAGACGGACAUCUCUCGCGCAGGGUACUGUGGAACAGUGCGGUGAUUCUUGUUAAGAUUGGAUUGCUGCUUCAGAUUAAGAAUUGGACUAGCCCCAAACCUCCCAAGAAGGAUUAGAGACUCGAUCAGUAUGAGGUUAUUCUUCAGUCGCCGAUAAACAGUUUGUUUGUUUUUGUUUUUUUUAUCAAAUUGAUAAGCAGUAUUUGUUGGAUGAUACUCAACACAA